GCCAGAGUAAUGUCCGGGUGUGUUGUAUCUGUGUGUGUUGUCGUGUGUUGAUGAAGCGGUGAAGCGUCGCUCAGAGUCGCUGCAGAAACAUGGGGGAAGCCGAGGCUGUGCCGUCCGACGAAAAACAAGCAGAAACCGGCAUCUGUACCGCCGAGGAAUCGAUUGUAUGGAGCCAGGAGGUGGAAGUGUGUCUUUUUCACGCAAUGCUGGGACACAAACCCGUAGGAGUGAAUCGACAUUUCCACAUGAUCUGUAUUCGCGAUAAGUUCAGCCAGAACAUCGGCAGGCAGGUGUCCUCUAAAGUCAUCUGGGAUCACCUGAGCACCAUGUAUGACAUGCAGGCGCUGCAUGAAUCAGAAAUACUCCCGUUUCCAAACUCUGAGAAGAGCUUUGUUCUGCCUGAAGAGAUCAUACAGGAUGUCAAGGAAGGUAAAGUGGGAUCUGAAGAAGACGUGAAGGAGGAGUUCAAAGAAGAAAGUGACCCACCUGCAACCCACGAAGAAGGUCUGGGUCCCAGUAUGGCUGGCCAGGAUUUUGCGAGCAAUUGCUCCGUGAAGCUUUUGGAGAGGUCGGACAGCGGGCGCGAGAAAGAGAGACAGCGGGCAGAGAGGGGGGGCUCAGGUGAGACGGGCAGCGGGUCGAAAGAAUCAGCCGGGGAAAAGAGGAAGAGGAGUCGAGCCGUGGAAAAGGUGAUGAACUCCAGCAACCCCUCCAGCCCUGGGGGAGCCAAACGCCGCAGGACGUAGCCGCAGCUUGCAGCGGGGCGAUUCGGGACAUCAGACAUUUGGAAAGAACUGACGGAGGAAGGCGUAGCUAAUAUUGGUCUCGCUACAGCCAAUGCGAAAGUGAAAUGGCGAGCAGGGGAUGUGUGAUGUUCGUGUCUGCGUUAUCUCAUG